AUGACGAAGAUUGCUCUGUCUGCAGGGUCUCUAUCUAUCAGUGUGUUUCUGGUAUCUCUGGGGCUGACGGUGUGUGUCGUGUGGCUCGUAGCUCUGUGUGGAGUCUGCACCUGGUGUCAACGCAAACUGGGGAAGAGGAACAAGCCUGGGGUGGAGGCAGCCAGCACCCCAGAUUCAGUUCAGAUUCGUGGCCGAGGGGAAAACAAAGCCAUCAACCACUAUGAUCUAGACAGGGACUUUUGGAAUAACAAUGACAGCAGCAACGUGCAGCAGAGAUGGAGCUCCUAUCCGCCCAAGGAGUUCCUCUUAAACAUGUCCCCCUAUGCCCCGUAUGGAGACCCUCGCCUCACGCCCAACGAGGGGAAGAUGGUUGUUCUGUCUCUAGCCAUCGGGCUGGCUGAACAAGAUGACUUCGCCAACCUCCCAGAUCUACAGGAAGCACCAGCGUGCCAAGAAAACUCAACUCCACCGGACAAAUCAAGGAGCCUGUGUAAACCUGGAAGCCAGACCCCAGAUGAGGCAGGCCGCCUCGGGAACUCCUCUGUCACAGACCUGGCCAACUCUGUCACCACCAGCGACAUUCACACGCUCUCUCCAGGCUCAGAAGAGGACACAGAAGGGCCUGUGGUUGAGAAGCUGGGCCGGAUUCAGUUCAGUGUGGGCUACAGCUUCCAGGACUCCACCCUGACCGUCAAGAUCCUCACGGGCCAGGAGCUCCCCGCCAAGGACUUCUCUGGCACCUCAGACCCCUUCGUCAAACUCUACCUGCUGCCUGACAAGAAGCACAAGCUGGAGACCAAGGUCAAGAGGAAGAACCUCAACCCUCGCUGGAACGAGACCUUCCUGUUUGAAGGGUUCCCCUAUGAGAAGGUGAUCCAGAGGACCCUCUAUAUGCAGGUGCUGGAUUACGAUCGUUUCAGCAGGAACGACCCCAUCGGGGAGGUGUCCAUUCCCCUUAACAAGGUGGACCUGGGCAACCAGCAGACCUACUGGAAGGAGCUGAAGCCCUGCAGCGACGGCAGCGGGAGUCGAGGAGACCUGCUGGUGUCACUGUGCUACAACCCUCAAGCCAACACCAUCACUGUGACCAUCAUCAAAGCCCGCAACCUCAAAGCCAUGGACAUUGGAGGCACCUCCGAUCCCUAUGUGAAGCUGUGGCUGAUGCACAAGGACAAGCGUGUGGAGAAGAAGAAGACGGUGACAAUGAAGUGCUGUCUGAACCCCGUGUUCAACGAGUCCUUCCCCUUCGACGUCCCCGCCCACGUGCUCCGAGAGACCACCAUCAUCAUCACUGUCAUGGACAAGGACAAGCUCAGUCGCAACGACGUCAUCGGCAAGAUCUAUCUCUCGUGGAAGAGUGGUCCGGCGGAGGUGAAGCACUGGAAGGACAUGAUGGGUAAACCUCGUAAUGCCGUGCAGCAGUGGCAUGCCCUCAAGGCCUGAUACUGUAGGUCCAGUCACAUCCACCCAGACCACCCCAGCCCCCUGCCCUGCCCUCCCACCCUAUCGUUAUGCACAAGGCUGACUCGCUGCAGAACAUGGGUACAAAUAGCCACCCAACGCAUCCACCCUACGCAUCCACCCUCUCCUCCUGCCUGUCCUCUCUCAGAUCCCUAAUGAACUUCUCCUUCCUCUACUCCCCUCUGUUAAGCCGAGUCUUGUUGCCUUUAAGUUUUCUCUCAACCGUUGUUUUUUUACUCUGGAGCAGCACACUCUGCCAGCCCUACAGGGUGAGCCCCAGGAAUCCAGUUUCACCAUUCAUCCUGUGUCUCUCCAUCCUUCUCCUGUGGCAGUGAGGGGAGGCUUCUUCUCUCCCUAAUCACUGCCCUCUCUGUCGUCAGAAGCGAUCUGGUUGGCUGUUCGUUAUUGUUUUUUGCUUCCUCACGUUGACCCUUUGGUCCGUUCUCUUCUGCAAACACACAGAGAAUAUAACAGGAAGGAUCAAUAGAGAGAGAGAGGCAAACCAAUGGAAUAGAAGAGGGCUGGACUGUCUGGAUGAUAAUGGAAUUAGACGUGACGCUGUCACUCCACCCCGUUCAUCAUCUCUGAUCUCUUUCUCUCCCACCACUGUAGUGAUUCUUCCCCGGCUGGACCCCCUUGUUGUCUGUGCGUGCUGUGGGUGAUGUGCUGUAACUCCAAAUGAAGUUCUAGAUGAAAAAAGGGGGAAAUGACUGAUCAUUUACACUGGUCCAUGGGGGAAAUGUAAAAAGACGUUCCUAUUUUCUGGAGAGAAAAAAAAGAAUAAUGACAGAAAAAGAGUAAAGUCAUCAAUGUUGUGUUUUGUUUUUAAAAAGCCUAAAGAGACCAAUCAAAAUGUUCUUCCAGAGACAGUAAAUAGAAGCAAAAAGACAGCUAUUAUUCUGUCGUAUUCUCUCUCUGUGUGUGUGUGUGUGUGUGUGUGUGUGUGUGUGUGUGUGUGUGUGUGUGUGUGCGCGUGCGUGCGUCAGCGAAAGUUAGAGUGUGAAUGCGAGUGCAAGUGUGUGAAAGUAUUGGGCUUGCACUGCUAUCAAAUGAAUAACGACAAUAUUACUGAUAAUAAUGAUGACAAUAAUAAUCAUCAGUAUUCUACUGGAUAUGUUUGAAGACUUGGAGAGGUCACAGCAGCUAAGCAGUGACAGAGAGAGAGGGGUACAGUCUGUGGGGUAGUGCCUGCUACCUGGUGUGGAACGGUAAGCAGAGGAGGAACUUCACAUGAACCACCAGUCUUCAUCUGAGCUGCUUUCUCUCAAUUGCAUCAUCCACAACAGAUAACCAUAAAUAAAUGCCCCUCUCCCAACCAAGUCAGUUUAGUUUAUAAUGGAGCACUAAGCCAAAUGAUCUUGUCCCCAUCAAGGUUUAUAACGUUACCUGUUUGUCUCUGUCAGUAAUUUUCUGUAAUUCUGCCUGUCUAUUGGAAUGUGUGUCUGUUACGUCAGUUAGUCUGUUCCAUUACUGGCCAAACCCCCUCUGCUCUGUCCUGCUCCUGAUGUUAGAUAGUUAGGGUGUUCGUGGGUCUUCAGGACCACAGCUGUUCCAUUACUGGCCAGACCCCCUCUGCUCUGUCCUGCUCCUGAUGUUAGAUAGUUAG